AGACGCACACAAAAAGCUCACUGUCAAGUAGGUCGCAGCCCUUCAAGCAUCCGGAGACACUCUAGAGAAGACCAACAAGUGGCAAUGCUCCGACAAUCUCUGAGCAUUCUCAAGCAGCUUGGCUCUUCCUCAAAGUCACAAGAUGUCAGCGAGCUUCUCCAAUCAGACCUGGUUGUGGUGGAGCAGCGGGUGGAGCCAGCCAAAAGAGCAGCACAGAUGCUCCACAAGAAGCUCCAAGGUUGCAUGCAGAGUCAGGCGGGGCUAGAUGCCGAAAAACGGAUGAAGAAGCUGCCUCUAAUGCUGCUGUCAAUCAGCAUGGCGGAAAGUUUCAAAGACUUUGACGCCAACUCGUCCAUCAGGAGGGUGUUGGAGAUGUGUUGCUUCAUGGAGAAGAUGUUGGCCAGCCUCUUGGCAGACUUUGAAAUAAAAGUGGAAAAGGAAGUUUUGGAGCCACUGAAUAAACUCAGCGAGGAUGAUUUACCCGAAAUUCUCAAAAAUAAGAAGCAAUUUGCAAAGCUAAAUGCCGACUGGAACAAUGCACGACUCAGGAGCCAGGGCAGUACCGGUCCACAAGCCAAACAAGACGGUCUCAAGGAAGAGGAAGAAGAAGCUCUGAGGAAGUUGGAGACCAUCAAGAAUAAUUAUUCGGCUGACUUGUAUCACUUUGCAACUAAAGAAGACGACUAUGCGAGCUACUUCAUUCGCCUUUUGGAGCUGCAAGCAGAAUAUCACAAACAUUCACAUGAGUUCCUGGAUAAAAAUAUCAACGAACUCAAGGAGAAUCACAGGCAGCAAGGGCAGCCACCAGCGAACCCCCUUGGACCCAAAGUUUUCGGGGAGCCUCUUUCCUCUCACCUGCUUCAGAACAAGCGAGAAAUCGCAGCACCCAUUCAAGAAUGUGUUCAUAUGCUACUCAGAACAGGGAUGAGGGAGGAGGGUCUAUUUCGUCUGGCGGCGGCGGCCUCGGUGGUGAAGAGGCUCAAGAUCUGCAUGGAUCAAGGAACUGUCGACCACAGCGAGUUCAGGAUAGAUCCUCACGCUGUGGCUGGAGCUCUGAAGUGUUACCUGCGAGAGCUUCCUGAACCACUAAUGACCUUUGAACUCUACAAUGACUGGUUUAAAGCUGCCAGUGAAAAAGACUGCACAAAGAAGCUGGAGCAAUUCCGAAUACUAUUGAAGAAGCUGCCGCCUGAAAAUUACAACAACCUCAGGUACCUGGUGCAGUUCUUGUCGCUUCUGUCCGAGCAUCAGGCUACAAACAAGAUGUCGCCCGGUAACAUUGCCAUCGUGCUAGGGCCCAAUCUCCUCUGGCCACAAGCUGAGGGGGAGAUCACCCUGGUUGACAUGGCGGCCGCAUCUUCAGUGCAGGUGGUGACGGUUAUUGAGCCUCUGAUUCAAUACAGCUCAGAGCUCUUCCCUGAAGAGAUCUCCUUUGAGAUUCCGGAGCUUCCCAAGGACCAAGAAGACCUGUCCAUGAUCUCAGAACAAACACAACUGUGCAGAAAAGUUUCCACAGCCUCUUGUUCUUCAACUUGCGACAAGACGAGCGGCACGUCAUCUCAGGACGGGAUAAGCGUCUCCUCUGUAACUUCCAUGAGACGCCAAGCGUGGGCUGCUUCUGCACACGACGCCGCAACCACCAACCAAAAACACAUGACGAUACAGAGCAGCUCAGCCCCCGCAACACCAAGCUCAUUGCCAAAUCAAAACCCAGCACCACAUCCCAAAACUGCAGCGUUCACCUCAGGACAGAGCAAGGACCCCGUCCAGACGCAGCGCUCGGAUCUGUUAGAGCCUGUUUCAGAGGCACGGCGCGUCUCACUUAAAACAGUCGUCAAACCAAAGAGGAGCAUCAGUGUGAGAAAAGCCGACGAGCCGGUGACGGCUCACUCCAGCACGGUCAAAACGUCAGCGCCGCCAAAGCCUCAGCACCAUCCAGCUCCCACAACAACAGACGGGACCCAGGUGACACGUCCGCCGCCUCCAGCUCCAUCGGUUGGUCAUAAAAAGCCGCCGAUUAAAAAACCCAAUCUUAAAGCUCCUAGUUGUCCUCCACCUCUACCCCCGGCGUUACAGUCCAAAGUGGCUCCCUCAAUAGCCCAGUAAGACGAGCUCUAUACGGACUUUAACUUUGACACGUAGAUAAUAUUUAAUUUGAAUAUGUCUUCAUAUCAAGACAAUUGUAUGCUUUGCCGAAACACUUUUCUUGGAAGGUCUAUCGAGGCCAUGAUGGAUUGAAGCCGCUCUUUCCGAUGUUUUUAAACAAAACAAGUUUGAUAUUCAUUUCCAUUCUUGUACCUGUAGGAAGCUGUAAUGAUUACAAAAUCCGACAUUUGUCCACAAAUAAAAAUAUGCAUCUAAGAUAAUAACAUCA